AGCUGCCGCCCCGCGGCGCGCCGGGACGCAUGGCCUCGGGGUCGGGGUCGGGGUCGGGGUCGGGGUCGGCGGCGGCGCUGCUGCGGUUCCUGCGGCAGGUGGGGCAGCUCAAGAGAGUCCCCCGGACCGGCUGGGUAUACAGAAGCGUCGAGAGGCCUGAGAGUGUAUCGGAUCACAUGUACCGAAUGGCAGUUAUGGCUCUGGUGACCAAAGAUGAACACCUCAACAAGGACAGAUGUGUACGCCUAGCCCUGGUUCAUGAUAUGGCAGAGAGCAUCGUGGGGGACAUAGCACCAGCGGAUAACAUCCCCAAGGAAGAAAAACAUAGGCGAGAAGAGGAGGCCAUGAAGCAGCUAAGCCAGCUCCUCCCCGAGGAUCUCAGGAAGGAACUUUAUGAACUUUGGGAAGAGUAUGAGACCCAAUCUAGCGCAGAAGCUAAAUUCGUGAAGCAGCUGGACCAAUGUGAGAUGAUCCUGCAAGCAUCUGAGUAUGAAGACGCCGAGAACAAACCUGGGAGGCUGCAGGACUUCUUUGAUUCCACGGCAGGAAAGUUCAGUCACCCCGAGAUAGUCCAGCUGGUUUCUGAACUCGAGGCAGAAAGAAACGCCAGCAUAGCUGCUGCCGCCCGUGAGCCAAGCUCCUGACGUGUGCUCCCUGCUGCAGCCCUCCUGCGACGGGUGUCGUGUUUUUCCCUCUCACGUGUUGUGUUUUGCUGCUUUUGCUUUGAUUCCCCGCAGACGUGAGUCCGUUUGUUUUCCAUUGCCUGGACUCCAGCAAGAAACACGAUACAGUCUGGAUGAUAAAAGAAGCUGCGAGCAGGAUGUGGUCCUGGAAAAUUCCCUGGAUGAAGACUGGGGGGCAGUGGGGGAGCUGUUUAUGGACUAAAUAAAUACAUCUUUAAAACCUUAAA